AUGGCAAGAGUGUACACUGAAGAAUUCAAGUAUGGUAAGAUCAAGAUUUUCUCCAAGGACAAAGAAAUUGAAGCUUUGAAGAAGAAGCUUGCUGAAGAAAUUGCAAAGAGAGAAGUCGCUGAGAUGGCACUUUCUGAGAUGAAAAUCAAGAACGUCGACUUGGAAGCUUUAGUUAAAAAGCUUAAAGAAGAUAUUGAGUCAAAGAAUGUUUCACUUGACAAGGCUGAUAUGAAGUCACAAAAGAUAAAGAACACAUUGAGGAACUCCAAGAAGAAGCUUGAAGCCGAAGAAGACAAUUCAAAGGAUCUUGAGACACAAUUACGCGUGAAAGAAGACGACAUUGCUUAUUUGGAGAAGGAGGUUGCUGUGUUGAAAGAUCAAAACACUCGACUUGAUGCUGCUAAGAAAAAUAUGAAAAAGUGGUCUAUCGAACGCAACGAAGAUUGA